AUGUGCAAACGACGAAGUAGCACAGUAAUGAAAGCCAUAAAGCCAUACAUCAAUGAAGUGUGGGGGCUAGCAAUCCGCAAGCUUGAGUACUCAGUCCACUUUGGGGGCGAAUCAGCGACCAAUGUCUACAUCUCGCGCAAGCACCACCUAGACAUCCAGCCCGCCCCCGACGCUGAAAAGAAAACUUUCACCUGGAGAGCCUGGGAGAACGUUGUCAAACUUUGGUCUUCUUUUCAAAGAUCACCGCUUGAACGUGGUUUGGUUGGUUUCGACUCGUUGUGGGAAAAUGAACUGGGGAGUCGCUCAGUCGGAGGCUUCGUGUUCUUUUACAACGACACGCCAGUGUCGCGUAGGAGCAAAAAGCAAAUGAUCCUGACUAUCUCAUCCGCAGAAGCAGCGUAUCGAGAGUUAUCUGACGCUGUUGAAGAGGGCCUUUCCAUCGCCGUCUUCGCGAUGGAGAUGGAUCUAAUGAAAGGAGUGACUCGUUCGAGCUUCGUUGUGACAGUGACGGAGCAGAGAAGGUAG